AUGCAUCAUCACAGGUCCUCGACAAAGGAGAAGCAACCCUCAAAGAGGAAUGCAUCGAAGGGCCGUGUCGAAACUACGCGAAGCUCGGUGAAGAAGCUCAACACUGCUGCCCUCAGCAAGCAGGACCGCUUAAACACCUUGAAGCAGUUGAGGGAAGCCAAAAAGGAGGAAAUUCUUCAUAAGAAGCGCUUCGGUGCCGACUUCGAUGAUCGGCCCUUACCUCCCAAGGUGGUUUGCUUAGUGGGCUUUCAUACUCAAGCAGAUCCACUCUCUUUGAAGAGGAAGAUCCUCUCGCUUUGUGGGUAUUCCUCUGAUGAGCUGGCCAGACUGCCGCCCCAUCGACCAGCUGUUGCAGCUCUUCCAAACUGGGCUCAGGCACUGAGUCGCUGGGGCUGCGAGGUGCUUGAAUGCUUGGUUUCAAGCAGCUGUUUUUAG